CCCCACAGCCCGCCCCUGCGCAGGAGGCAGGGCUGUUCUUUUGGGCAGACCUCCUCCUCAGGAGGGGAGGUGGCAAAACCUGUCUGAAGAUGAGGUUGCCUGCCUUCCACACCUUCCUCUUCCAAGGAGGCCAGAGCAACAAGGGCUGGGGCCAAAAAAGGUCAAAAACAGUUAGGGGCCAGGACACCAGCAACUUCUAGGUGUUUAAAAAAGGCAGGAAGACUGUGAAGAUGGGAACUGUACAAGAGGCAAGAGAAAAGACAUCAGACCUUGGGGUCAGGGAGAAUGCAGAAGAGCCAGAGCCAGAGCCAGGCACAGACCUGAGACUUGGGGAGCUGGAGCUGAAGGAAGAAUGGCAGGAUGAAGACUUCCCUAGAUUGUUGCCUGAGGAGCCUGGACCUUCUGAAGAGCCUAGCAAUGGUCAGAGAGACUCACAGGCAGCUACCCCCAGCAGUUUAGCCCUAUGUGGUCAGCGCCCUAUGCGCCCUAUGCGGAAGCUCCUGUCUGCCCCGGAACUGACACUGAAUCUGCUAGAAGAGCCUGGAGAUCAGGGAGCUUCUCCCAUCCACUCCACUGCUUCCUCUUCUGAGGGCAGCUCAGACCUGGAUGUAGAUGAACUGGAGACACCUUCAGACUCGGAGCAGCUGGACAGUGGACAUGAAUAUGAAUGGGAAGAUGACCUUCCCCGAGCAGAAGGCCUGGGGGCCAGCAAGGCGGAAGAAGGGCUGGGCCAAGGUUGUGUAUGGGAUGUGGCUGGAGAAAAUGGUCAUCGCUGGAGGGUGUUCCGAACAGGACUCCGGGAACAGCACGUGGACAUGACUGUCAUUGAGCCUUAUAAGAAAGUCCUGUCUCAUAGAGGUUACCAUGGUGAUGGCCUUACUGCUGUCAUCCUCUUUGCUUCGUGUUAUUUACCCCAGAGCAGCAUCCCCAACUACACCUACAUCAUGGAGCACUUGUUUAAGUAUAUGGUGGGGACUCUGGAAUUGCUGGCAGCUGAAAAUUAUCUGCUUGUUCACUUGAGCGGAGGCACAAGCAGGGCCCAGGUUCCACCCCUGAGCUGGAUCCGCCAGUGUUACCGUGCCCUGGAUCCUCGGCUCCGGAAAAACCUGCGGGCCUUGUUGGUUGUCCAUGCUGCGUGGUAUGUGAAGGCAUUUGUGGCGAUGCUUCGGCCUUUCAUCAGUUCCAAGUUCACACGAAAGAUCCGUUUUCUGGACAGCCUGGGGGAGUUAGGCCAACUCAUCUGCCUAGACCAGCUUCACAUCCCUGAUGCUGUCAGACAGUUGGACCAGGGUCUCUGUGGCUCAAGAGGAAUGGACAAAGGACCUUGAACCAAGCAAAGAUAAUGAUCUAAACACUUCCUAAUCCCUGAGCUGUUUGCAAACGUUUUCAUCCUGAAGCCCAACCUCUCCUUCCACCUUCACUUCUCAAUGGGACACUUCCCUGCCCUAUCCUGUUUGCCUGCUCAGGGCUGAGUUUGGAGUUCCUGAGGGUAGUGUUGGGAGUGGGAAACUCCGAGUUUUAAUCCUGCUUUUGCUCUACAGCCUUCUCGGCUUGGUGUUCUAGCAGUCUGAGGGGAGAUGAUGGACAGGAAGGGCCUACUUUAGCUCAGCCAGGCUCCCUUUUGAGGGCCAGGAGACAGCUCACAAAAUCCUGAAGAACCUGUCUGCCCUUUCUUCCUUCUAAGUCAUGUCUGCACCUGUGAGCCUGGGAAGGCAUGCUUUGAAAGCCUGUACUGUUUGUUCACACUAUACUUGUAGCGAUUAAUAAACUGGGAUAUGAGACUGAA